AUGCAAUAUCGUUCAUCAGUCCAGUUGGCCAGGCGUGUUAUUAAACCCUGCGAUGUGUUUAUUAAUCAUAGAGGGAUUGACACAAAGCAUACAAUAGCCACGUUGUUGUACGAUUAUCUGUCUCGGCUCAAUCUACGUCCCUUCUUAGACAACAAGAACAUGAAGCCUGGAGACAAAUUGUUUGAAAAAAUUGAUACUGCAAUACAUGGCUGUAAGAUUGGUGUUGCUCUCUUCUCGCCUAACUACUGCAAGUCGUAUUUCUGUCUGCACGAACUGGCUCUUUUCAUGGAGUCCAAGAAGAAGGUCAUCCCUAUCUUUUGCGACAUUAAGCCGUCUCAGCUGCAUGUUCCACGUAAUGGAGUUUGUGCGGAGAAGGAGCUCCGGAGGUUUAGCUGGGCUCUCGAAGAGGCCAAGCAUACCGUCGGGCUUACGUUCGACUCCUUCAAAGGGAACUACGCAGAUGUUGUAACAAGCACCUCGGAAAUUGUGAUCAAGAGCUUGAUAGAGCUUGAGAAUGAUGAGCAGAUCAUCAUGAAGCGUCGACGGAAAACUCCCCUCUCUUCAUAA